GUAGCUCUUGGCACACUGUUCAAUAUGGCGGGGACAGAGUCAGCCGAUCAUACACAUCAUAUACAAAAAUCUCCAGCAGCGGCUCAAAAGCCACCCAAUUUAAGGGCUUUGGAGGGCAUGACUUUCUCCGAGAGCAUGUCGAGGCGACCUCCUCGUCUUCGUCGGCGUUCCAUCUCUGUUUCUUCAACAGAUAGCUAUGGAAGUACAGCCAGCUACACAGACAGUUAUUCUUCAGAUGAAGAUGAAAUAUCGCCGAGAGAGCGACCACAGAAAAACAGCAAAGGAAGCAGUGAUUUUUGCGUUAAGAACAUUAAACUCGCAGACUUUGGCCGCAGGGAAAUUGAAAUAGCUGAACAAGAAAUGCCUGGACUAAUGUUGUUACGUAAGCGUAAUUGUACUGACAAGCCUCUGGAAGGAGCUAAAAUAGUUGCUUGCACACAUGUAACUGCACAAGCUGCUGUUCUGAUAGAGACAUUAGCGGCAUUAGGAGCUCAAAUACGCUGGUCAGCAUGUAAUAUAUACUCAACCCAGAAUGAAGUUGCAGCGGCCAUGGCUGAAGCAGGAUUUCCAAUCUUUGCCUGGAAAGGUGAAUCUGAGGAAGAUUUCUGGUGGUGCAUUGAGAAGUGUAUCACAGCACCUGGCUAUCAGCCUAAUAUGGUACUUGAUGAYGGUGGUGAUGCUACUCAUCUCAUGUAUAAGAAGUUUAAUGGUACAUUUAAUACACUGAAAGGAAUUGUAGAAGAAAGUGUUACUGGUGUUCAUAGGUUGUAUCAGUUAUCAAAACAAAGCAAAUUAACAGUACCAGCAAUGAAUGUAAAUGAUUCUGUAACUAAGACAAAAUUUGAUAAUUUGUACUGCUGUAGGGAAUCUAUUUUAGAUAGUUUAAAGAGAACCACUGAUGUGAUGUUUGGUGGAAAGCAAGUGCUAGUUUGUGGAUAUGGAGAAGUUGGUAAAGGGUGCUGCUUUGCMCUCAAAGGUCUUGGUGCUAUCGUCUAUGUUACAGAAAUUGAUCCAAUUUGUGCUUUACAAGCAUGUAUGGAUGGCUUUAAAUGUGUCAAAAUUGAAGAACUUGUCAAGCAUAUUGAUAUCUUAAUUACUUGCACAGGCAAUAAACAUGUCGUGACAAGAGAACAUCUAGAUAGGUUAAAGAAUGGUUGUAUAGUGUGUAAUAUGGGACACUCCAACACGGAAAUUGAUGUGGCAAGCCUUAGAACUUCUGAUCUUACCUGGGAAAAAGUCAGAACUCAAGUUGAUCACAUAAUCUGGCCAGAUGGAAAGAGAAUAGUUCUUCUCGCUGAGGGUCGUCUGGUCAACUUAAGCUGUUCAAGUGUACCAUCUUUUGUAGUAUCCAUUACAGCAACAACACAGGCCAUAGCAUUAAUUGAGUUAUACAAGGCCCCCCCUGGAAGAUACAAACAUGAUGUAUACCUCUUGCCAAAGAAAAUGGAUGAAUAUGUUGCAAUGCUUCAUCUGCCAACGUUUGAUGCACAUUUAACUGAGUUAAGUGAUGAUCAAGCUAAAUACUUGGGUGUMAACAAAACAGGACCAUUCAAGCCAAAUUACUACAGAUAUUAAAUUCCUUCUGUAGCAGAGCCUGUUCUUCCAAGGUUAUGCUGUAAAUUUAAACUGGUCGUAGAGCUAUAAUAAUAUUUAUCAUUUGCCAAAAUAUCUUCUUUUCCAUUGCAUCUAUACAAGCUAGUUCUUCAACUAUUUAAAAUCUUUUUUGAAAACUCUACUUUGUAUUUGAUUACAGACGUGAUUGCCCCAGUGAUAGGAAAGCAACACCUAUGUUGCUAAUCAAAAAAAAAAACUAUUUAAAAACUUUCUGAUUUUGUCUGUGAUUUAUAUAUUUUGGUAUAAUUGAUGUUUAACAAGUAAACAAAUAAUGAAGUUUAAUUGUACUUUUGCCAUUCUAAUGGAACACUUAGGAACACUGUGUAUAGUAUCUUUUAUACUAUUUUAUCACUUGGACAUGUAGAUGCAAUGUAAAAAUACUGUUCAAAGGCUUGCCUUUCAAAUCAUUUGAAAUUUGUUUUGUUCUUUGUCAACAUUCCAAUGACAAAUCUUUUUUCAUCCUCAAUAGCUUAAUGCUGUCUGAAAACUAAUAAUUCUAUGUCUGUAAAAGAAUUGUGAAAUAUUGUUCUUUAAUCUAAAACUACUUGAUUUACAAACAGUAUACCUGUGAAAUAGUGUUAAUAAUUUCUAUUAGAUAGCAUAUAUUAGACAAUAAGGAAUAAUAGAAAAAAAGGGAAAUAAUAAUUAGAACCAUUUUGUUCGCUAUUUCAUAAGUAUAUUGUUAUCAUUGCUCUCUUCUCGUACUUAUUAAUCCGAUUUACCAAUUUUAUUUAAGUUUUGCUGAAACAGUCUUGAAUGUGCUUAAUGAGAGUAUUUUGAAUCACAUGAAGUUUUAAUGUUUUUUAUUCUAGUAUAGCUUACCAAAUUCACUAGGAUAUAUGUCUUAAUUGUGGCUUCCAAAUUUUCUGUACAAUUACAAUUGAUAGGAUUCUUGUUCAACCAAGAAAUUGUUUGUAUCUAAGGUCAAAUAGAAAAACCUUUAUCAUUCAGCCAUUGCUUUGAUGCAACAGAUGGCAUAAUAGUAAUAUGUAGCAGUAUACUAACACUAGAAUCCACAACAUAUAAUCUAAGUUGCUUACGGCUGCAUUUGUUGCCAUUGCUGCUGCAGACUUCUACUCUAACUAGUGACAUCUUGAUUACAUCAAUUGUUAGUUAUUAUUUCAUGAUAUAAUUAUUUCUUCUAGUGUCCGUAGUGAGUUCUUAGUGUAAGUUAAAGUUAGACUGACCAACUUGUGUUGCCAUCACAAUGUUGUUUGUAGUUUUGAUAAACUUAUUGUGAAUGAGAUCCAAUUCAAGUUAGAAAUAUGCUUACAUACUAUAUUUAAUGCUUAGAAUUCUUGCUUACAAUUCUAACGUUAUAAUGCAUGAUAGGAUUUGCAAUGCUAACACUUUUCCUGGCGGCCUAAGAAAGCUACACAAGAGUCAAUAAUUUCUUGCUGUCUGCUAUGGUAUAUCAGUAUUUUAAAUUCUUCCAUGCACACUUACUCUGCAAAUUGAGACAGAGUAUGCAAUGCUUUAAAUCUCCGAAAUCAAUUUCCUAUGCAAUCAGACAUUCGUUAACAGCCCUGAGUAUAAAUCAAUAUUUUGUAAUUUGCAAAAGCACAGUUAAUAGCAAUAGAUAAAAAGACAGGUUAUUAUAAAAAAAAACCUUUUAGUGGACAAGUACUUAGUGGAUGUUUUCACAAUAAAUAUCAAUUUAUGUGUGAAUAAAUUACGAACAGUAAUAAUUAAAAAAAAAAAAAACUAAUCUGUUAUUAUUGUUCUAGCAUUUAAUGUGGUGCUGGCAACCAAAUGUACUAUUAAAUGUGAAAUAAAUUGCCACUUUAUAGCAA